AUGACUCCAUAUGAUUUUGAAUGUCUUACCGAUCUACAGGGUGACCAAUGGGAAUGUGUUGAAAUAAUUAAUAAUUGGUGGCAGAUCGGGUUAGUAGAUCUUCUAACAUCUUUGGGAAUUAUUCCGGAUAACAUGAUCGGAUGUUCUGUCGGAGAACUCGGAUGUGCAUAUGCAGAUAAGUGCCUCACUAUUGAACAAACUAUUCUAUCAGCGUACUCGAUUGCUUUGGCAUGUGUCAAAAGCAACGCGCCUCGUGGAUCUAUGGCUACUGUCAAUCUCGAUUACAAAAUUCUCAAAAAUAUAUGUCCUCCAGAUAUUGGAAUUGUACGCCGCAAUAAUGGAAAGAGCAACGUUAUAAGUGGACCUACGGAAUGUAUGCGCGUGUUUACGAGGAAGUUACGGGCUAGUAAUACGCAUGUGCAAGAAGUCUCCUGCAAUGAUAUACUUUACCACAGUCAUUAUCUCGCGUCCAUCAAAGAUAAACUUUUAAAAAACUUGAGUCUACUGAUAUCACAACCUAUGAAAAGGAGCCCAAAAUGGAUCAGCACAUCUGUACCCUGUACCGAAUGGUCCAUAAAUUCAACAGCACAAUUGUGCUCCGCUGACUAUCUCACGAACAACAUACUGUCUACUGUUCUUUUUGAACAAACAAUGCAUAUAAUUCCAAAUAAUGCUGUGACUAUCGAAAUUUCACCAACCAGCGUUUUGCAGAACAUCUUGAAAGAAUCUCUGUAUCAGUCACAAGUGACUAAUAUCGCGCUCACUCAGUGCACAAACGAAAAUCCAGUCACUGCAAUGCUGCGAGGAAUUGGAAAACUUUACAACUGCGGUUUGCAACCACAAAUCGCUGCUUUGUAUCCGCCUGUAGAAUAUCCAGUUAGCCGUGGGACUCCCAUGAUCUCUCCAUCUAUCAAAUGGGAUCACUCCAAAGACUGGCUUGUAUCGCACGAAGUAUCAAAAUGUAUUGAAACCAGAGAAAGACUUGUCGAGAUACAGCUUAUUGACGAAGAUUACGAAUAUAUGACAGGUCAUGUAAUAGAUGGAAGAAACUUGUUUCCAGCGAUGGGUUACAUCGUGCUCGUAUGGGAAACUAUCGGAAAAAUCAAAGGAGAAUUGUAUUCAACAUUACCAGUAGUGUUUCGAGACUUGAGAUUCGUUCGCGCUACUCAUAUAUCGAAAAAUGAUAUUGUAGAAUUGACGAUUAGGAUACACAAAGAAAGCGGAAAGUUCGAAGUGUGCGAAAGAGACAAUAUCGUUGUGACGGGUGAGGUGUCUGCUGAAGUAGAUGUCAAACGAGAAAGCGCACCAUCAGAUUUAUUACCGGAUGAUAACGAGGAAGAACACAUGAACGCUCGGGAUAUUUACAAGGAAUUAAAAUUACGCGGAUAUCAAUACAGUGGUGCAUUUCGUGGAUUAAAAAGCGCAUCAGUCACGGGUAGCAAAGGACACGUCGUUUGGAUAAAUAAUUGGGUCGCGUUUAUGGACACGUUGUUGCAGCUGUACAUACUUGGGAAAGAUAUCAAAAGUCUGUGCGUUCCUACAAGUAUUCGAAAAAUAGUAAUUAAUCCGAUUCUUCAUAACACAAAAUUACAAAACUGCACGACGGAAAAUAUUAAACAAUUGCCGAUACGAGUGUAUAAAAACAUAGAUCUUAUAGUAUCCGGUGGCGUAGAGAUUUGGAAUGCGAAAGCUACUUCGAUCGCCCGCAGAAAACCGAACGCAGAUCCCGUUAUUGAAGAGCACAGAUUCGUAGCGCAUCAUGAUCGGGAAAAGAUUUCCUUGCACGAAGCAAUACGAAUAUCAACACAAAUUGCACUGGAGAAUCAUCAGAUUACGAAAGUGAAAGUCAUCGAACUGGUGGAAGAUACAGAUAUUAUAAACACAGAAGAUUUGACAACUUGGGCAAUACUUGAAACUUGCAGCAAUUUGCCGUUAGUACAAGCAACUAUUACUCUAAUGACAUCGCCGACUGAUCGGUUCAACACAUCAGACUUGCCACCGAACGUAACAGUUGCGGAUUUACGGAAACACGCAGACAACAAUGUCUCAAUAGUUACUGGGUUUAAUCUUUUAACGAAGCGGCACUUACUAGAAUUACUUUUACCUUUUCUCAGAGUAGGUGGUUAUUUGUUAUCGCGGGAGAAAUACGACGUAACAGAGAUAACGGAGGGAUCGCAUCGUGCUUCCUACGCAUUAACAGGCAACAAUAAUCUUUUAAAACAAUUUGGAUUAAAUAUUAUUCUUGAAAAGCGUACUGAAAAGGAAAUGAUUGCGCUUCUGAAGAAACGAGUUCCGAUCAGAGAAACAACUAUUAUUCAUAUUACCAAUGAUAACUUUGAAUGGUUAGAAAAAUUAAAAUCACUUCUAGACCAGAAAAAAACAUUUGAUCACGACAACAGAAUUGUAGUUGUUGGCGAAAACGAUUUCGAGUGCGGUUUAUUGGGCUUUGUUAAUUGCUUAAGAAAAGAACCUGGUGGCGAGUUCGUCAGAAGUGUGCUUAUUCAAGACGAGACCGCUCCGAAAUUUUCUCCGCAAGAUCCCUUCUACGCGCAACAGUUGCAGAAAGAUAUGGCAGUCAAUAUUUUACGACCUAACAAGACUUGGGGUUCUUACCGGCAUUUUUGUUUGGCAGCUCCGGAACCCGCACUUGUUCCCGCUGCUUACGUUUGUCAAACGGUUCUCGGCGACCUAAGUACAUUUUAUUGGGUGGAGAAUGAUAUAUCUAUCAAUUCGUUUCAUCGCGAUGAUUUGAUACGUGUGGUUUAUUCAUCCAUCAAUUUUAAAGAUGUAAUGCUUGCCACAGGAAAAUUAACUUUUGAAGGUAAUGAAAAGCGAUUUGAAAGUAUGAAUCUUGGACUGGAAUACGUAGGAUUUGAUGCCAAAGGACGACGAGUAAUGGGAAUGCGCGACAAUAAGUGCAUCGCUAAUAUCGUUUUAAAAAGUGAUUUUCAAUGGGUCAUACCAGAUACAUGGACGUUCGAAGAAGCGGCUACGAUUCCUUGCGUAUACAGUACGUCGUAUUACGCUUUAUAUAUAAAAGGAAAAAUGAAAAAAGGUGACAAGGUACUUAUACACUCUGGUUCCGGUGGUGUCGGACAGUCUGCGAUUCAUCUCGCUCUACAUGAAGAAUGCGAAGUGUUUACCACAGUAGGUAGCGCUGAAAAACGACAAUUUAUACGAGAAAUGUUUCCGGCUAUUUCCGACGAUCACAUCGGAAAUUCGCGCGACACCAGUUUUGAGGAGAUGGUUAUGCGCCAGACAAACGGUCGCGGUGUUGAUAUAGUACUGAAUUCAUUGGCGGAGGAGAAACUCGUCGCGUCUAUUCGUUGUUUAACGCAAAACGGUCGUUUCUUGGAAAUCGGAAAGUUUGACUUUGUAUCGAACAACCCUUUAGACUUGUCACUAUUUAAAAAAGGUAUCUCUUUUUACGGUGUUUUACUGGAUUCAAUGUUUGGAAAAGAACACAAGCACAAAGCUCAGUUACUGAAAUUAAUAACCGAUGGUCUCAAGAACGGUGUUAUCAAACCAAUAGAAGCUACAGUUUUCAAGCAAACAGAAAUCGAAAAGGCCUUUAGGUACAUGGCAAGUGGAAAACACAAAGGAAAGAUAAUUUUGAAUAUUCAAGAAACAGACAAAUGUCUCGCGUACGCGCCGAUCACCUCGCAUCGUCGUUACUACUGUCGUAGCGAUCAAACUUACAUCAUACUAGGUGGUCUAGGUGGGUUUGGAUUGGAAUUGACCGAGUGACUGAUAUCCCGGGGUGCAAAAAAUGUCACGCUGAUUUCAAGAAGCGGUUUAAAAAAUGGUUACCAACGGCUAAAGGUUUCGUUGUGGAAAUCCUACGGCGUAAACGUGACGAUCGUUAAAGAUAAUAAUAUCGUCAAUCCUAUAGAUUGCGAAAAUUUUCUGCUACGUGCGGAAAAAUAAGCACCUGUGGAUGCUAUAUUUAAUCUCGCUGUUGUUUUGACAGAUAACAUCCUGAACAAUCAGACUACGGAGAGUUUCGUAGAAUCUUUCAGAGCUAAAGUUUGGCCAACACAAAUAUUGGAUAAACUGUCGAGAAAGAUCUGUCCUAAACUUCGACAUUUUGUUGUGUUCUCUUCGGUUUCCUGUGGCAGAGGAAACGCUGGCCAAACUAAUUAUGGAAUGGCCAAUUCCGUGAUGGAAAGAAUAUGCGAAAAGAGAGUAAGAGAAGGAUAUCCUGGAUUAGCGAUACAGUGGGGAGCUGUUGGUGACGUAGGUCUCGUUGCCGACAUGCAAGAAGACAACAAAGAAAUGGUUAUUGGCGGCACCUUGCAGCAAAAGAUAUCCUCUUGCCUCGACGAACUCGAAAAAUUUUUGCUUCAUAGUCGACCGAUCGUAAGUAGCAUGGUAGUGGCAGAGAAGAAACAAGGAUUACCUGGAUUUACCAAUAUGUAUCAAACCGUUGCUAGUAUUAUGGAUAUAAAAGACAUAAAAGGAGUAAGUCAGAUUACAUCUCUGGCCGAGCUUGGGAUGGACUCUAUGAUGGCAGUGGAAAUCAAACAAACUUUGGAACGCGACUUCGACGUGUACCUUUCCCCACAAGAGAUACGAAGUCUCACUUUUGCAAAACUUUUAGAAAUGUCUAACACAGAGACCAUUGAUACAUAUGAGAAAAAUGCAUCCGACAGAAGCAAGCAAAACCACUCAUUCAUGUUUAAUAUCGUGCAAAACAAAGAUUUCAUCUCUGAAAUCUUUACAGACCUCUCGACUAAAAACAAAGAAAGUGCUACUCAAAUUUUUCUUAUACCAGGAAUUGAUGGUUGCGGAACUGUGUUUAAUCACUUGAAGUCGUCGAAUCUUAAAUUUUCUACUACAACUGUGCAUUAUAACACAGGUGCUAUUUCUACCGGGAAUACUCUGUCGGAGAUGGUAGAGAUUCUCGAACAGGCUGUAUUAACAAGAUUACAAGACAAAAAAGAGUUUGUGAUGGUUGGAUAUUCCUUUGGAUCUAUUCUUGCGAUAGAACUCGCAAUACGACUGGAAACUAUAGGCUUUAAAGGUCGAAUUGUUCUUAUCGAUGGCGCACCUGAUCAAGCAAUGUUAAUAAGCAAGAGUUAUAUAACAUUGUCUGCAGACAAUAACGAUUUGCAGAUUUCUAUUCUGAUUCUUAUUUUGAAAACCUAUAAAGUUGAAACAAGUGAAAAGGACUUGAUGACAUUGGAGAAGUGUAAAACUGACAAAGAGAGAUUUAACACUUUUGCAAAAUACUUUUUGGCACAAAACUCAAUGCUCUCGCUAACAAAUUUAAAGACAUUGUAUACGACAAUAUAUAAACAUUUAAUUAUUCUCAAGAAAUACAAAGUUCCUACUGUACCAUGUAUCACAUCUCCAAUAAUAUUGUUGAAACCUACAUUUUCUCUGGCACCCGAAGCCGAAGAAGAUUAUGGUUUGCACAAGAUAACAUCCGAUGUGACAAUACAGUACGUCGAGGGAAACCACAUAACAAUUUUAAAAGAUCCCAAAGUAAUAGCUGCAAUCAAUAAAGAAAUAUAG